UGGCCACAUAAUCCCAUUUGAUAAUCCACCGACACACAAAAACAACUGCAGAUCAAUUGUCCAUUGUGUCUCUCUGUAGCCUAUAUUUGAGGUGUUUGGUGUCGCCCCCAGUUCAUCAUAUUAAUGUUUGUAUGAACGUUGACUAAUUGAGUAUUGGUUCAGGUCUCCCACUCAGCAGAAAGCUGCCUCAGACAUUUUUUUUGCUAGAGCGUUUGGAACGGGGCCUCACCUGAAAAUGUGCUGAGCACAGGCCUGAAACACCACUCAACUAAUUAGCCCAAAGAACAUUGAUCUCUCCCCACUGACGUUGUGCAACCACUGCUCUUUGGUAAUAAGUGACUUCCUGUUGAAUGUGCCGGGGACCAGAUUCUUCUCCCUCCACUCUUUAUUUUUCUCUCUAAGCAUGUUCUUGUUCUUUCUCUUGCUACCUUCAUCAUCCCCGCCUGCCCUAUGAAUGGAAGAGAUUACAGUAGGCACUCCUGUACCUCAGAAAAGCAGAUUACAGAGAGAGGGAGGGAGCGAGCAAGAGAGGGGGGGAUCUGCACAGCAUGGAUUAUGAUGUAUCCUACACAGUGGGUCUCUAAUCCAGAGAUGGACAGAGCGAUUGUGGGUUGAACGACUGGGUGGGCUUCGGUCAGGUGGACACUGCGGGCAGCACUGUUUAGUACUGGAUAAUUACAGUCAUCGUGAUAAACCAUGUUAGCAAACGGCUGUGAUAUUUUAUUACACCAUGUUAGGCCUAUAUAUAAUCUGUCUACAACUGGCCCUAAUUCAUGUUUGCAUUUACUCUUCCAUAACCUUUCCCAGUACUGUCCUUAUUGUUUAUUGAUUUUAAAAUAACUCAAGUCCUCUAAAAACCUAUUUUAUUUGAAUCUCCCAGUUCAACGCUACACUCUUAGAAAAAAAAGGGUUCCAAAAGGGUUCUUUGGCUGUCCAGGUUUUGGGUUCAGUGUAGAAUCCUCUGUGGGAAGGGUUCUACAUGGAACCAAAAGGGUUAUACCUAAAAGGGUUCUUUAAUGGCACCUAGUAAUUUUUUUUCUUCCUAAGAGUCCACUGCUACUGUACAUCCGUGCAUGGCCUCUCUUGUGCCUCCACCUCCCCCCUCUCUCUGCUGCCUGUGUGUUCAGUACGGAUUAUUUAUUGGCGCAGCUUGUCAACGCUAGUUUGCCCAGACACGGAAUAGGAGACUGGUUGAGGUCGCGCUACCUGCCUGGAUGCGAGGGAAGGAUGUUGGUGAUGGGGAAGUGAAACAGGUCGCAUAUGAAGUGCUCGUUUCUAUUCGGGGACCCCUGUGCGUUUUUAUAUCCGACAAAACAGACAUCGGGAUGGACAGUGUAGCGUCGGCUGGCUCGGCGCAGUGCACACAGGACCGGUGCCCUGGUGAUACAGAUACUAUGAAGCAGCGUGUGGACAUCACGUCCAAAUUUAAAACACCUCAUGACAUGUUGGAUACUGCCAGUAACUCUCCGCGCAGCACCCCUGGCAGCUCCCCCUCUCUGCGCCGCCGGGUGCUGGGGGGUAGUGGUGGGGGUGGAAGCAGGACCAGCGACGCAGAGGGUGCCCCGGUGGAGCGCAGUGGGGAAAGGAGGGGUUCGGACAGCCCACUACUCUCUUCCUCCGCCGGCGCCUCCGCUUACCCAAUUGCCUCGCGCCAUUUCAGCCGCAAUGCCAAGAAAAUGCAGAGCUGGUACAAUGUUCUCAGUCCCACUUAUAAACAGCGCAACGAGGAUUUCCGUAAACUCUUCAAGAAGCUGCCAGACACGGAACGCCUCAUUGUGGACUACUCAUGUGCACUGCAGAAAGACAUCCUACUCCAGGGGAGACUAUAUCUGUCAGAGAACUGGCUCUGCUUCUAUAGCAAUAUCUUCCGCUGGGAAACCACUAUCACAAUCCUGCUGAAAGAUGUGACCACCCUGACCAAGGAGAAGACUGCAAAGGUCAUCCCCAACGCCAUUCAGAUCAGCACCGACCACGACAAGCACUUCUUCACGUCUUUCGGGGCGAGGGAUCGCAGCUACAUGAUGAUUUUCAGACUGUGGCAGAACGCACUGAUGGACAAGCCUCUGUCGCCAAAGGAGCUGUGGCACAUCGUCCAUCAGUGUUACGGCACUGAGCUGGGUCUCACCAGUGAAGACGAUGACUAUGUCUCCCCCACCGGCGAGCACAUUAACGGUCUACUGCCAGUGGAUGAGUCAGUCUCUGUCUCUGACCUGUUGGACCUCAGCUCCUUUGGGGCCAUAGCUUCUCUGGGCAGCUCCCCGUCCUCCAUGGCAGCCUUGUUCCCCAGUGGCCCCCUCCUAGCCAGCGGUGGUCUGGGCUCAUCUCCCUCCUCCUCAUCCACCUGUCUGCCCAUAGACAUCCCUGGCAGAACCUCCAUGGACCCCCCGGACCCCAGCCCGCCCAGCUCCCAGAUCUCCCUGCCCUCCACCACACACUCCACACACACCGCCUCCUUGUCCGCCCCAGUCUCGGCUGCUGCCUCUUUCUAUGUGGAGGAGGACGGGGACAGCUUGUUGGAGUCGGCCAAUCAUAUGGUGCCCCCGUCUUCCACCAGCUUGGGAAACCUCUCCUCAUUGGACCAGCUCACCAAUGACGACGAGCUGCCCACCGACCCCAGCAACUCCUCAGACACACAGGAAGAGGACGAGGUGGAGUCGUUCUGUGCGGACCUGGCUGGCCGGCUGCACAUCAACAUGGUGGUGCGCAUGAGCGUGGACAAGCUGCACGACCUGCUCUUCUCCGCAGACACACACUUCAUCCAGCAUCUCUUCUCCCAGCGCCACUUCACAGACCUGUCAGUUCGUGAGUGGCAGCGGGACAGCAGUAGUGGGAACACCAACCGGAUCCUGAGUUACACCAUCGCCAUCAACAACCCCCUGGGCCCCAAGACCGCCCCCGUAGUGGAAACUCAGACGCUGUAUAAGAACAGUGCCCCGGGCGAGUGUUACGUGGUGGACUCGGAGGUGAUUACCUCGGGCAUCCCCUACCAGGACUACUUCUACACCGUGCACCGCUACUGCCUCACCGCCAUCAACAAGAACAAGAGCAGACUCCGGGUGUCGUCAGAUAUCUGCUACAAGAAGCAGCCGUGGAGCCUGGUGAAGGCGCUCAUCGAGAAGAACACCUGGAGCGGCAUCGAGGAGUACUACAGACACAUGGAGAGUGAGGUGUGUAAGCUGGAGACCCUGCUCCAGUCUGAGGUGUCAGUGGUGACCUCUGGGGAUGUGGUGGGGGCAGACUCUGCCAAGACACCCCCGGCCAUGCGGCGACGCAAACGCACCUGCUCCCGGCGCCCGGGGGACCGGGAGAGAGAGGGAGGGGGCGCGGGAGGUGGAGAGCGCGGGGACCGAGGGAUGGGAGAGGAGCGGAGAGAGGCGGGUGGUCAGUACAAGCACGGAGAGCGGUGGCGUGGCGGAGGCAGCAGCAUCUCUACCAUACUGCUCAUAGUCAGCUUCAUUCUGGUGGUGUUGGUGGCCCUCAACAUGCUCUUGUUUUACAAGCUGUAUUCUCUGGAGAGAGCUGCGCACACACUGGAGACGUGGCACUCCUUCUCUCUGUCUGACAGUCCUCUACCCCAGUCGGCAGGAGAGUGGGCCCAGGUGUUGCAGCUCCAGAGACAGUUCCACCAGGCCCAGCUGGGCAAAUGGCAACAGAUCCUCCAAUCCUCAGUCACUCUGCUAGACCAGAUGAAACAGUCGUUGGAAAAGCUCCACCGUGGCGUCGUCACUCCAGAGGUCCAGCAGGAUCCCCCCUCGAACCCCACUUCGGAGUCUCUCCCUGAGCACUGAUCCUCCACCCUCCAGCCCUCACCAACCCUCAAGUGGGUAUGAAUAGACCAUGGGGGGGUGGCCAAAGGGGGAGGGUUCGGCUGGGCCAAUCAGGGAGAGUGACUCACUCUCACCCGACCCCCAAGCUCCACUCCUGCUUCUCUACUCAAAACAGACAGGGAGAGAUGUGGGGGGAGUGGGAAUUACCUGUAGGGGACCUUCACUACCCAUAACUCCCCACACCUCAGUUUGAGCAACCUGCACUGGGGUUGGGGGGUGAGGGACCUUUGGGACUACGCUACCCAUAAAUCCCCACACCUCAGUCUUGAGUAACCUGCAAUGGCAAAGUUCCACCUUCCAUAGUCACCACCACCUCUCACGUCCAAACAGUUAGAUUGGGAAUGUCUUCAGGACUACAGCAAUAACAUAGCAUGGUGAGCCAACCAUAUCUCCCACAGUCAGGGUUAACGGCUGGCCAGUUUGUAUAGUACCAUCCGCUCCUCACAUGCAACCAACCAUGCUGCUCUCCCUGAACCAUCUCCCCUGCCUGAGAAUCCAAGAGACGUUUUCAAGAAAGACAGACGAUCGACUGCAUUUCAACAUGUGCAUCCCUGCUGCUGCAUUUCAAAUGGACAGACACGGGGUCCAAAGCAUUUCAAAAUGGAUUGACUUGGUCCGACUGCAUUUCUCAAAAUGGGCCAACCUGGAUUAACUUUGCGUUUCAAAAUGGAUGGAAAUUGGGAGCUUUCCCAGCCCUGAGAAACAGCUAUGGCUCUGUUCCCAGCUGAAGCCAGCCUAGGGGACUUAUGUGCCUCGGUGUGAGGGGUCCGCUCAGCUAAGUCCCCCUUGAGCCUCUGGAAAUGAGGGACACAUGAGGAGAGAGGGACGAGAGAGGGACGGGAGAGGGGAAAGCUCGGAUAGAUACAGGAGACUUUCUGUAAUCCAACUAUUUGUCGUUCUUUCUUUCUCUCUCUUUCUCUCCAUCCAUCAGCUUCCAUCUUAAAGGCUUGAUCUCUUACAAAAGCAGUCCGUCCUCUGCUAGGGGAGAGUCAUUUCAAAACAAGACUACAUUUUUUUCAUUUUCAGGUGUGAAUAAUACAAAAAGACUCCUAAAUCCUCUACUAGCUCGUUUUCUUUCAUUAGCUGUCUUUUUGAGGGUGACUGGGUCGUUUUGAGAAUUGAGAGAGCGAAUGAUGAGUGUGCGCGCCAGACCAUUACAGUAUUUAUUUAACACGACUUUGAUUUCGAAAAGUCCUGUCCCGCUCUCAAUACGAGUGAUUUUUUUUCUUUUUUCCCUCCUAUAUGCUCUGUGUUAAUACUUCAGCACGGACCAAGAAAGAGCUAUAAAGUGAAUAUUUUAUAUUUCCUGGUCAUAGCAAUAAUGAUAUUUGGUGAUUUAUACUUCUUUUGAAUGUGUAAAAAGUAGUAUAUCACUAAAGUGUGUUUAGGGCAAAAUGAGACAAAGAUCAAAGAUCUGGAGUUGGAGAAGAAGACUGACAUGUAUUAGAAAGAAGUGUCCUCAACGUCACAUCGUCACUGUUACAUUUGGUAUUAUUAAGAUUAGUAUGAUUGAGUUUGUUUUUGUCUGAGUCUUUUUGUUGUUGUUUGUUUUCCGCACUUGGUCAACUUCUUAAUUGUAUUAUUGGAUCGGACUUGAAGUGUUUCAGGGUUACUGACUGUACUCUGUAGACCAGGCUGCGUUCCAAAUAACACCCUAUUCCCUUUUAUAGUGUGGUGCACUACAUAGGAAAUGAUGUGCCGUUUGGGACGCAGACUCCGUAGACCAGGUUAACAGAGGGAUGCAAUAAACUAGUGACUUUCUAGUGUGGACUGGACUUAGAAAGGACCAACCAGAAGUCUAGGCCCGGAAAAAGAUAAAGGGAAACUAUUGCAGUACUGUGUUUGAGUUCAAAUUGAUGUUAUUCCUUUUCAUUUUUUAUCUUUAUUUUGUAGUCUAUCCUGUUUCUUAUUGUUUUUGUUUUUUGAAAGGGCAUCUAAUUUUCUUUUCUGCACCCCCCCCCCUCUGAUUUCCCCCCCACUGUCAUAAACCAUCUUCUCUUUUACUAAUUAUUUUCCUUUUCAACCUCCCUCCUAUUGUCUCGUUCACUCUUCCCCUCUCUCUCUCUUUCCUCGUUGUGCUCCCUACCCCCCUUUCUCCUUCCGUCUCUCGCCUGUGCAAGUGUGUGAGCCUUGCUGUGCACGGCCAAACAGUGAGUGAUCAAAGGAUUUACUAUAUUUAUUAGGGUCAGGGAGGAGAGGGGGAUGGGGGUCGCGGGGAGCAAAUGUACUGUAAACGAUUUGAUUGUACACAAUGCCCUGGAGAGAAAUGAAAAGCUCUAAAAUAUGCAACAACUCAUCUGAGUUAUUUUUUUUAAAGUGUGUGUCAUGUUAACCAUUUCCAUAAAAAGUUGAACUAAAAACGUAUUUAAAAACA